AUAUGUUUGAAUUUAGAACGCCCUCUACCGCAAUUAGAAGAAAUCUUCGCUGAAAGAAGCCUGUGAAAGAAUCCUCUGGAAAGUAGGCAUUGAAUCUCCGGUUAUCAAAAUCUUUACGUGAGAAUUUGUUCUUAUCCCGAAGCAAAAACACAUAGCCGACAAGAUGUGCGACCGCAAGGCGGUGAUCAAGAAUGCUGACAUGAGCGAAGAGAUGCAGCAAGAUGCUGUGGACUGCGCAACGCAGGCAUUAGAGAAGUUCAACAUUGAAAAGGACAUCGCGGCGUUCAUCAAGAAGGAGUUCGACAAGAAGUACAACCCGACGUGGCACUGCAUCGUGGGGCGCAACUUCGGCUCGUACGUGACGCACGAGACGCGCCACUUCAUCUACUUCUACCUGGGCCAGGUGGCCAUCCUGCUGUUCAAGAGCGGCUAGGCGGGGCAGCGCCCCUUCAAAAUUUUAUGUUGUUAGCACAGACGCAGUAUUACCGGGCGACGAGUGGCAGCGUGUCGCCGGCGGCAUGUGUGCAGAGUGACUGUCUGAGUGUCUGAGUGAGUGCCAGGUGACCGGUGACUGAUGUGAGCGGCACGCCACGCGACUAGACUAGCCUCAACCCACUGUUUAUUAUUUAACGAUGCUGGACAUUAGCUGCGUCGAAUCUCUUCACUUCUUAGUCCCCGGCGCACUCGAUGUAUGUUUGUACUGUGUUAGCUAUACUUAAGAAUCGAUAUUGACUUGGGUAAAACAUUCACUUCUAGUGUAUUUAUAUUAAAAAUUUUAGUUAAUUAUUCCUAGACUUAUACCUAGCAUAGCGUAAAAGUCAUAUGUUAGUAUAUAACUAAAUUUAUUGUUUAAUUUCUUUGUUAAUACACCCUGUGAAAAUAUUUUUCAAUACUUAUUAAACUUUCUUACAAACCAAACAACAUCUAUGAUUGUUUAUAUUUAUGUACCUUCUAGUCCUACUUCUGAAAAUUAUAUAUGUAAAAACUUAUACAAAAUAUACACAUUUCAGUAACACAAUACACAGACAAAAUUGCUGCCUCAACAUCUUUGUUCAAUAAAGUUGAUAACCAGAUUCACAAUGUUAUUACAUGGUUCUUAUAUGGUUCAAUUUUGGUCUCAUGAUUCCGGUCUCGGACUGUUGCCCUGCCUAUUUUAUCAAAAUGUAAGCCCAAACAAAUUCACCAACACAGGUACUCCUUUUUAUCAGAAGUUCAACAUACCCAUACCUACUAAUAUAUACCACAUAUUGUCUCUUGUGAUUAUAUAAAUCUACCUAUAUAACUUAUCUAGGAUCUAAUGUUUUAUAUAUGUAUCUAAUCGAAAUAAAGCAUUUACUUUUGACUGUA